AAGAAGAUCAUGUCAGGCGUGUGGGUGUUCAAGAACGGAGUGAUAAGGCUUGUGGAGAACCCUAACCAGUCAGGAACCGACACUCACAGCCGAAGGAAAGUUAUGGUCUAUUUACCGACAGGAGAAGUGGUCUCAUCUUAUUCGAUGCUCGAGCAUAUCCUCCAGAGUCUUGGGUGGGAGAGGUACUUUGGCGACAUAGAACUCCUCCAGUUCCACAAACCCUCAUCUAUUGAUCUCAUCUCUCUCCCCAGAGAUUUCACCAGAUUCAGCUCCGUUUACAUGUAUGAUAUCGUCGUCAAGAACCCUAAUUACUUCCAUGUCCGAGACUCCAAUUAAAUCUUCUUUUUUUUUCUUGUUUGCGCUUGUGCUUGUGUGAGUUGUUUUUCAAUUUAGCAUUUGUUUGGUUUUGUUUUUAGCUGCAUGUGCAUGUUUUUUUCGUUCUCGAAGCUGAGAGUUGUGUACUGUGUGUGUGAUUGUGUUUUUAUAGAUUGUGAUUAAGAAGAGUCUUGGUUCAGGGAGAACUCAACCAUAACGUGGUUAAGUUUCAUUUUAAUGUUUUCAUUCUAGCAUAACACGGUUCGAGUUCGACGAUGAUCUGUUG